UACAAAAACCUGGAAAUUCCAAAACCCAAAACGCUACGCUCUUCGCCAUGGUAGCCACCAACUCACCGUCUGAUAACCCAUUACACAAUCACUUCUUUGGUAAACUUCAUUGCAUUCUCUUACUCUAUGCUCAAUCAAUAAACUAUAAUGCAACACACAAAUAUAUUGUAAAUUUCCACACUUUAGAGGAUUCAUACAGUGGAUUUUAACAAGUCUGGUGUAAUUAAUAUGAACGAUUGAGACUAUCGCCUGUUUGCUUUAUUUGCUCUGUUUAUCUUGUGUAUAGAGAGUUCGUAUGGGGGGCUAUUGCUGGAGCUUUUGGGGAAGGUAUGAUGCACCCGAUUGAUACAGUGAAGACCCGGAUACAAAGCCAAGCUAUUUUCAGUGCAUCCCAGAAUGAGAAAAGCAUACUACAGAUGGUACGAACUGUUUGGGUUACCAACGGAUUAACUGGAUUUUACAGAGGAGUAACACCAGGGGUCACUGGAUCUCUUGCCACGGGUGCUACAUACUUUGGCAUCAUAGAAUCUAGCAAGAAGUGGGUAGAACAAUCACAUCCGAGCCUUAGUGGCCAUUGGUCACAUUUCAUUGCCGGUGCUAUUGGAGAUACACUUGGGUCUUUCAUAUAUGUUCCAUGUGAAGUGAUAAAGCAGCGUAUGCAGGUUCAAGGCACCAGGAAGUAUUGGGUUUCUGUUGCCUUGAAGGAUGGAAGCUGUGUGAAACAGGGCCCAAACAUGUAUGGUUACUAUUCAGGAAUGUUUCAGGCUGGAUUCUCAAUAUGGAAGGAACAAGGUCCGAAGGGUUUAUAUGCAGGAUACUUGUCUACACUUGCCAGAUACGUGCCCUUUGCUGGUUUAAUGGUUACUUUCUAUGAGGCCUUGAAAAGCACGACCGAAUAUGGGAAGCAGAAGUGGUUUAACAACUUCAAUUAUCACUCAAAUGGCUCUAUUGAGGGCCUCCUCUUGGGAGGACUAGCUGGGGGUUUAAGUGCAUAUGUCACCACUCCCUUGGAUGCUAUCAAAACAAGAUUACAAGUGCAAGGAACGACAUUAAGGUAUAGCGGCUGGCUGGAUGCUGUUCAGAAGAUUUGGAUGACUGAAGGUGUAAGGGGGAUGUUUAGCGGUAGCAUUCCUCGAAUUACAUGGUAUAUUCCAGCUUCUGCUCUUACAUUCAUGGCGGUUGAGUUUUUGAGGGAGCAUUUCAAUGAAGCAUGGGACAAUGAUAAACUGCAGGAUGUUGCUAGCUUGUCAAUAGACAAAACAAGUUCUUCCUUGCAAGAGGUGUCAUGAAGCAUUAUAUUGCAUGUAAUUGCUAUCAAUAUUAUAUUCUUUGAAAACAGAUACUGUACAAAUGACACGAACCACUUGAAGUUUUUUGGAAGUCCCUAGCAAAUCAAAGAGAAUUAUUCAUUAGGCUUUAGUUUUUCACAUUGUUCUCUUUCUCAUUUGUUCAUGUAGUCUUAUCUACUAUGUAAUCUAUCCACCGGCACAUUUAAAGUCUAGAAAGAGAAAGUGUGACCUCUCUCUAAAAGUUUCCCCCAA